UUUGGAGAGGAGAAGAAGCCGUUUUCCUGGGAAGCCGCCUCCUCAUCUUCUUUUAUAAGAAGCCCUGUCGUCAAUGGCGUGAACCUAAAACCCUUCUCUCUCUCACUCACAAAAGUUUUCCCUCUUUCCAAUCGUUUUCAUGCUCUUCCCGUUUUCCUUAUCCAAAACCCAGAAACUAGUUUUUGAGAUCCAAGUGUCCGGGAACGCACUCGCCGGUUCUGACCAGGAUUAGUUGAAUACCGAAAAGGUGCAAAAUUGGAACCAGGAAGAUGAAGUACGUGCUUGUAACGGGAGGUGUUGUGAGUGGAUUGGGCAAAGGAGUGACGGCAAGCAGUAUCGGAGUUCUUCUUAAGGCUUGUGGACUUCGUGUUACUUCAAUCAAAAUUGAUCCUUAUCUGAACACUGAUGCUGGAACCAUGUCCCCGUUCGAGCACGGUGAAGUCUUUGUCUUGGACGAUGGUGGUGAGGCGGAUCUUGAUCUCGGAAACUACGAGAGGUUUCUAGAUAUCAAAUUAACCCGAGAUAACAAUAUCACCACCGGGAAGAUUUACCGGUAUGUUAUCGAUAAAGAGAGGAAAGGAGAUUAUUUGGGGAAGACGGUUCAGGUUGUUCCUCACAUCACCGACGCGAUUCAAGAAUGGAUAGAGAGGGUUGCAAAGAUACCUGUGGAUGGAGAGGAAGGUCCUGCUGAUGUUUGUGUCAUUGAAUUGGGCGGAACUAUAGGAGAUAUUGAGUCCAUGCCCUUUAUAGAGGCCCUUGGCCAAUUCUCGUAUCGUGUGGGCCCUGGAAACUUUUGCUUGGUCCAUGUCAGUCUCGUGCCUGUGCUAAAUGUUGUCGGUGAGCAGAAAACAAAACCGACUCAGCAUAGUGUUCGAGGGCUACGUGGAUUGGGUUUGACACCAAAUAUCUUGGCUUGUCGGAGCACCAAGGCACUCGAGGAGAAUGUGAAAGCCAAGCUAUCUCAGUUCUGCCAUGUUCCAACUCAGAAUAUCGUCACCCUCUAUGAUGUCUCCAACAUUUGGCAUAUUCCGUUGUUGCUAAAGGAACAGAAGGCUCACGAGGCUAUCUCAAAAGUGCUUAACCUUGACGGUAUUGCUAAAGAACCUUCUUUGGAGGAAUGGACUGCCAGAGCUAAUCUAUGUGACAAUUUACAUGUGCCGGUGAGAAUUGCUAUCGUGGGGAAAUAUACAGGGCUCCCCGAUGCAUAUCUAUCUGUCUUGAAGGCUCUCUUGCAUGCUUCUGUUGCUCGUCGAAAAAAGCUCAUAGUUGAUUGGGUUCCAGCUUGUGAUCUCGAAAAACCCUCCGAAAAAGAGAAUCCAGUUGCAUACAAAGCUGCAUGGAAGUUACUUAAGGGUGCAGAUGGAAUUCUUGUCCCGGGAGGGUUUGGUGAUAGGGGAGUGGAAGGGAAGAUUCUUGCAGCAAAAUAUGCCCGAGAAAACAGAAUCCCGUUCCUCGGUAUCUGUCUUGGCAUGCAGAUCGCUGUCAUCGAGUUUGCACGGUCAGUUCUCGGCUUGCACGAUGCUAACAGCGCAGAAUUUGUUCCCGACACCAAAAAUCCAUGCAUCGUAUUCAUGCCCGAGGGCUCGAGAACUCAUAUGGGAGGAACCAUGCGUCUUGGAUCGAGAAGAACCUUUUUCCAUGUAAAGGACAGCAAAUCUGCAAAACUAUAUGGAAGCAAGAGCUUUGUUGAUGAGAGACAUCGCCAUAGAUACGAGGUGAAUCCCGAUAUGGUUGGAUGCCUAGAGAUGGCCGGACUCUCUUUCACCGGAAAAGAUGAGACCGGCAAACGCAUGGAGGUCAUUGAAAUUCCUUCUCACCCUUUCUUCGUUGGUGCUCAGUUCCACCCCGAGUACAAAUCCAGACCCGGGAAAGCUUCUCCGUUGUUCUUAGGAUUAAUUGCAGCAUCGUGUGGAGAGCUAGAUGAGCUUCUGCAAUCAGGCUCUGUCCACAACCAUCACCAGAGUUUGGCCGGAAACCGACCACUGGUGGAUCCUAAAAGUGUUGUUUAUUACAAUGGAGCCGCCAAGAAACCUCCAAACGUGUUGGCCGGCGUAAGAUACAACAACGGCGGCUACUGCAAUGGCCUCUACACCAACAGAUAUACCCAUGAAUGAGAAUCUCCUUUUCUUUGCUUAGAUCACCGAAUUCGUUUAGACUCUAUCCGGUUACUGGUCGGAAUUAUGAGGUUUGGUCUUUUUUACGUAGGAUUUUCUCUGUACAGUUUGGUUCAAGAUUUGUCGGAUUCAGAAACGAUCUGAAAUCUCUGUUGAUUCCCGGGUUUUUUUUAAUCAAAAGGGAUAUCAUAUGAUCGUAUGUAUUGUCGACCGGGUUGUAUUGAUGGCCCUCUAUGGUAAAAAAAAGCUUGAAGCUUGCCUUAAUUUUCAA